AGGCCAGCUCGGCUCGAGCCGGGCUGCCCCGCUGCCGCCCCCGGGGCCCUGCGCGGCAGGGCAGGCCGCGUGGACCAAUAUGCCGUCUCUCCGCGCCAGUGAGCUCGGAGGAGGAAAAGGUGCCCAUAUCUCUGCCCUUCGCCCGUGUUCCCCAUUCGGGGCCUUCUGGGAGGCCUUCGUCGCCACCGUUGGGCUCGCCCCGAACUUCCGGACAGGACGCAUCCCGGGAGGGGCCCAGGGAGUAGCGGUAUCGGUUUCCACCUCCUCCCCCUCCUCCUCCUCCUCCCCUUCCUCCUCCCCCUCCUCCUCCCCCUCCCCCUCCUCCCCCUCCUCCUCCUCCUCCUCCUCCUCCUCCUCCUCCCCCUCCUCCUCCUUGGGGUUGGAGGGGCGCCUUCGUCGCUCGCCCGAGGAGCCACAUGGAGGACGGCGGGGGCCUCGCGGGCGCCUCCUGGGGCACAGCUCCCGGCAUCCUGUCGGUGACCGUCGGGGCGCCCCGCUUCUUGGAGGGGGUCCCGGCCGAGCGGAUCCUGCACGUCAAGGGCUUCGGCGAGGGGAAGCUGAUGUCGGAGGAGUUCGACGACGCCAGGUUGGCGAUUUGCGGGACGCUGUGGGAGAUGACGGGAUCGUCGUUUGGGACGGCGACCUCUACGGUCGUCAAAGCUUCACCCGCGUGUUGGACAAGCUCUUCUGCUCGGUCGAGGUCACUGCGUUGGCCUUCUACGGACGUCCUGGGCAGAAGGACUUCGAGGAGAGCUGGCGGAGCAGGCUGCCCGGGCACCGCGGCAGCAUGCACCUGGCCCUGCUGGAUGGCCUGGGCUGGCCGGACGUGCUGCCGGAGCAGCCCCUGCCGGAGGAGAGGUGGGACGACAUUGUCUUCCGGCUGGGCCGCGAGGCGCUCCGCGCCACCGGCGCCGCGAGGGUCUUCUCCAUUGGCGGUGGCUCCUGCGCGGUGCGCGAGGCACGGGCCGCGGAGGAGGACGGGCGCCUCGGGGCCGCCUGGAGGGUCUACCGGGUGCCCCGCGGCGACAGCCGCGCCGACUUCGGGGCGCUGGCCGAGUGGGCCCUCGAGUGGGCGCCCGGGCGCGUGGAGCUUUGGGAGCCCGGCGGGGCGCGCGGGCGGUUCGCGCCCCGCCCGCGGGGCGGCGGCGCGGCGGGCGGAAAACAAGCGCCGCCGUCCACCACGCCCAGGCAUCUGGCGUCUCGCAGAAGUCGAGACAGGUCUUUCAGCGUGUUCGGCCUCUCGGGGCUCUUCCUGCGGCCUCGGGGCCGUCAACUGACGACACGGGACGAAGAGCCAGUCCCAGGGAAGCGGUCGAGAGGUCGGAGAUCCGUGCCUCGGAAAAUCAAGGCGCCGCCUGUCUGGGCUCAGUACGAUCGGGACGGGUGCGGGAACAGCGGGGACGACGGCCGUCGGCAGCUCAUGGCCACGUCAGUGCUCUGCAGGGAUCGCUGUCACUGUCGCCGUGGAUCUUGUUCUCUCGGAUGGGGUCCGACCCCUAUUUGCUCGACCCCAUUCGGGAGGCCUGCAGAUGGGUGUGAAAGAGUGGUGACGACAGCCGGACACGUUUAUGAUCAGCCGCCGGCCAGAUGCCAGCACGAGGGGCUGGGGUAGCGUCAGGGGGAUAGUCGGAG